AGCAGAUCACUGAUCAACGGAAAGAGCCGAAGAUGUCGGCUCGGUUACGUGAUCAUCUGUGUCCAAUCACAGCUGAUCACAGAUCAUCAGAGCACUGAUGAUCAGUGUGCCCUGAUGAUCUGUGUAGCCCCAGCAGUGCCACCUGUCAGUGUCCAUCAGUGCCAGCUCUCUGUGCUCAUCCAUGCCACCUGCCAGUGCCCAUCAGUGCCACAUUUCAGUGCUUACCAGUGCAGAUCAAUGCCACAUAUCAGUGCCCAUCUGAGCUGCCUUUUAGUGUCACCCAUCAGUGCCAGUCAGUGCCACCAAUCAAUGCCAGUCACUGCCACCUGUCAGUGCUGCCAAUCAGUGCCAUCUAUCAGUGCCAGUCAG